GUGUUUUCCAGUCCACCAAGAAGUUGUUCCUGAGCGAGCGGAAGGGCCAGGGCCGGAGCCAGGCACUGGAAUUCAUCCGGAGGAACGCCGCCAACGGGCUCUCGGUGGCCAACCUGGUGGCUGGGCUCUCCUCCAUCCUCUGCAGCCUCAACAGGCAGCACCACCACUCCUGUGCCAAGCUGGAUGAUUUUGCCGAUUUCACCACGUUUGGGCUGGCCACGGCGCUGCUGCUAGUCCUCGGAGAACACGCGUCCUCGCUGCUGGCGGGCACCUUCCUGCUGUCCGGGGGCAAUGUCACCCUGCUGCGGGUCACCGCCGCCGUCAUGAUCCUCUUCAUGCUGGACCGGGGCUUCUACCCCCAUGACAAGGUGCUGGAGUCCCAGCUCUGGAAGAAAGUGGUUUAUGCUGGAGGGGUGGCCGCUGUCCUCUUCUCACCAGCCACGGUGGCUUCCAUCUAUUGCCUCGCCUGGUCCAUGUCCUACAUCAUGUUCCCCUUUGCCAUCUGGAGCUGCAAAGCCCAACCCCUGCCUAAUGCCUACUAA